AUGUUUUAUACAGCAAUAGCAUCAUCAUCGAACAUAUUUUUAAAAAAUUGUUUCAUUUUCUUUUCUUUAAUUCUUUUAUGUUCAUGUACACCAAAUAAAAAUUAUGAUAAUGAUGGUUAUUUACAACAACGUUCACCAAUAUCCUAUUCAUCGGAUAUUUUUAUUAAACCAAAAGUUCAAACAAUGCGUCGUUUAAAUCCAUUAAAAUUAUUAUUUGUUGUUGUCUAUUCAAAAUUAAAUCAACAAUAUGAAGUUGAAUGGAAUUUAAAUAUUUUGAAAACAAUAAUAAUGGAAAGUGAAUAUGUUACAGACGAUGAUAGAAAAUAUUUUAUGGAUAAUUUUUCAACAGCAAAUACAGAUUAUCAACAAUGGUCACCUGAUAAACAUGAUCAACUUGAACGUUUUACAGAAAAAUAUUUUAAUCCUUAUAAAUCUGCUGAUUUAUUUUUACCAUUUCAAGAUUGUCAAACAUUUACUUAUGCAUUAACAGAUGAAAUGUUAAAUGAAUUAGGACACAAAGAUACAGUUAAAAGAUAUCAUAUUAGACAAAAAGCUGCCGAACGUUUAUGUGGUCUUGAUUAA